AUGGCAUCACAAAAUAUAAACAUUAGCUUUAAGCGCAAACAAUCCAUCGGUGGUAAUGGCGCAUCAGCCAUGUCGUACUCACCUUCAUCACACACGAUGCCCGCUCUAUUCCAACAUCGAGACAGUUUUGUGCAUCAAAGAGAGCUGGAAUCUGCUUUUUGUAGUGAUCUGGUAUGCUGCGGUACUCGAGUACAAGAUCUACAUGAAUUGUUACAUCAUUAUGAAGAACAUCAUCAUGCCCCCAUCGAAGAAGAGCCAGAGCCAAAGGAAGAUGAAGAUAUCGAUGACAUGAUGAUGGAAGAUGUAGAUACAACUACCUAUCCAACUGCGUUACCUACUCAACCUCAUGAGCUUGCUGCGCUUACCAGUAGCCCAUUGCUUCGAAAGAAUAACGAUUUACGGGUCCCAACCCCAGUUGCUAGUCCCGCUCCUGCUCCUGCUGUCAUUAAUACAAGCGAAGUCAUUCCCACUCCAGCCAUCAUGAGCCCUCCUCCUCCACCACAUCCGCAACAUAGCAAUCAAAGUCAACACACGGAAGAUAUCUUGAAACAAGCUUUACCUGGAUUAGUGAACGGCGCAAAUGCACCUACAUCAGCGCACGAUAGUCUGCAUUAUUUUAGAUCUGAGGCAUUAUAUCAAACAUGUGAUGAUGGCCAAGAUAAACCCUACAAAUGUCCUAUUGAAGGUUGUGACAAGGCGUACAAGAACCCCAAUGGACUCAAAUACCAUCAAAUGCAUGGGCACUCGGAGGAGGAUACGCUGAGUGAAGCAGAGAGGGAUGCUCAAAAGCCAUACAUGUGCACCAUUGGCUACUGUAACAAGCGAUACAAGAAUUUGAACGGCUUAAAGUAUCACAUUGAGCAUUCUCAUAUUGCCAAACUGAAGCAAGCUCCCUUUGCCAACACAAUAUCACCUUUGAGUCAACCACCCCAACAGCAACAGCAACAACAGCCACCACAAAACGAGUUGUGGCACUUGCAACAACAAUUUCAUCAGCAAUAA